CCUAAAACUUCUGUUCUCAUUUUCAGGUUAUAUUUCACUUUUUACACUGUCCUCUGUGCCACAGCAGAGCAAGAAGGGGACAGUGUCAGGCACAAAGCUGGGAGCUCUCUGGAGGCAGAAAUCCUCAGAUGUCCUCUGCUAAACUCUGCAACAGAGAAAAAGAAAGAUGAUGCAAAUUAGUAAAGAUGCUUCACCCCAUGUAGCUGUUGUGCUGGGUACACAGAAAGGAGGAGGAGGAGGAGAGAAGAGAUGAGGAAGAUGAGAGCACAUCCUCACUAUCUAUUUUGUUGCUCUGCUACAUCUGCACGUCAGUUUCUCCCAUCGUCUAUGUGUGUGGUUGUGAUACACCUCAGGAUAAAUGAGGAAGAAAUACGCUAUUGGCUAUUUCCUAUGCGGUGUGUCAUCUGGCAGGCGGUAUAUAUCACAGGGAAAGCAGGGACCACUCAGUCUCUCAGCAAAGCUGCUUCAGUGUAUAUAGCUCGGAGAUAGAUACUUUGAGGAUGGAAAGAAAAGGGAAAAGCAGCCCUUGCUUUUUAGAUUCUGACAAGCUCUAAAAUUACUUGACAGAUGAAGGACUACGUGGAAAAUAAAUCAAGUGGAUUUCCAAGAAGUUGUGGGACAGAAGCAGAACAGUGUCCGGAAAGGAAAUAUUAACUAGAAUUUCUUCCUAGGUGCAGAGAAGAAAGUGUUUGGGCAUCUCUGAUAUUUCAGCAUCUGAGUCAGCUUCUGUACAUAGGACAUAUGGGACUGAAAAACAACAGCAGCUGUAGAGUUCCUGAAGCAAAGCUCACGUGUAAUCAGCAUAGGAAAAAGGACCUGUUUAUCCACUUUUCUUUGUAGUUUGCAACCACGGGGCAGAUUUUUAAAAUGCAAGGGGGUGUGUGCCCUCCUGCAACCACUGACUUUAGCACCUGAGCUGCCAGGAAGAAGGGCAGGAGGAACGAGCAGCCUGCCCAGGGACACAGGCAGUGCUGGAGCUUUGCUUCCCAAGCCAUGAGCAGGCACACGUGGUUCCCUCUGCAGUACAUCUCCAAGCCCUUCUGGAGAGCAGAGAAUCACAACACAACCAACUUCUUCUCUGCACUGUAUGGCUUCCCUAACAAAUCCUUCUUCCACAGUGACUUGGACCUGGAGGACCUGGGAGACUUUGGCAGCGGGACCAGGUACGAGGGUGAGUCCCAGAGCCGGACAGUGAAGGCGCUGCUGAUAAUAGCCUACUCCGUGAUCAUCUGCAUCUCACUCUUUGGCAACAUCCUGGUGUGCCACGUGGUGAUCAAGAACAAAAGGAUGCACUCAGCCACCAGCCUCUUCAUCGUCAACCUGGCUGUUGCCGAUGUGAUGAUCACCAUUUUGAACACCCCCUUCACGCUGGUGCGGUUUGUAAGCAGUACCUGGGUAUUUGGGAAGCUGAUGUGUCACGUAAGCCGGUUUGUUCAGUACUGCUCUGUUCAUGUGUCUGUGCUGACCCUUGCAGCCAUCGCUCUGGAUCGGCAUCAGGUUAUCAUGCACCCUCUGAAGCCACGCAUGUCCAUGGUGAAAGGAGGAAUUUGCAUCAUUAUCAUCUGGGUUAUGGCCAGCUGCUUCUCACUGCCUCAUGCCAUUUAUCAGACUUUGACAAGAUUUUAUAUUGGAAACAGAACAAUACGAAUGGUCUGCCUCCCCAGCUUCCCUCCGCCUGCUGAUCUUUUCUGGAAGUAUUUGGAUUUGACUACUUUUGUGCUCUUGUAUGUUCUGCCCUUGCUUGUGAUUUCCAUCACAUAUACCAUGGUGGCCAAGAAGCUCUGGCUGAGAAAUGCCAUUGGAGAUCUCACCAUGGAGCAAUACUAUGCCCAUCAACGGAAAAAGAAGAUGACACUGAAGAUGCUGAUGGUGGUGGUGGUUGUGUUUGCAGUGUGCUGGUUCCCCCUGAACUGCUACGUGGUGUUGAUCUCCUGUAGGGCCAUCCACAGUAACAAUGCUCUGUACUUUGCUUUUCACUGGUUUGCCAUGAGCAGCACCUGCUACAACCCCUUCAUUUACUGUUGGUUGAAUGAGAACUUCAGAUCUGAGUUGAAGUCCCUGCUGUGUGUGUGCCGGCGAAGGAGCGCAGCCCAGAGUCAUGCUCUGCAGUCCAUCUCCCCUGGUUUUAGGCAUGCCUGGGUUGAGAACUGCCAUUAUAAAAGAGGCAGUGCCUGCCAGAAGGCAAGAAUAUCCUCCCAGAGGAACUCUGCAAAGACAGAUAUAUCCAGUGUUCAGCCAAUUGUGGCAGAAAACUAAAGCCUUCAUCUGAUGACCAGGCAGCAUUGUUUUAUAGUUGCAGAGACAUAGGAAACAAUUAGUUGGAAAAGACUGCUGGAGAUCAUCGAGUCCAACCUUCUGCCCAAACCAAGCUAGCUUCAGCGUUCGACUGGGUUAUUCAGGGUCUUGCCCAGUCAGGUUUUCAAAAAUCUCCAGGGAGGGACUGCCCACAUGUGAGCUCCAGAAUGAGGGGUGUUGAGUGAGUUUUUGAUUGAAACAGCAAAAAUAAAGAGAAUUCUUUAACAGCACACAAAAUCUUUCAUAGCCUAAACAAAUAAGGGGAACACACACCAACUGAUGAACACUGAUUUAAACUAGGCAGCUGUUGAUGCAUAUAGAAACGCUCUAUCAAUUCCUUCUUUUUAUUUCUUUGUAAUUUGUUCAAGAUGAAUAAUGUUUAUAGCCCUCUACCUUUCCCAGGUGGAAAACUGAUGUUCAUUUCCUAACUGCACAUCCUCUGCUAAUCCUUACAGAAGCAGCACUUUCUUCGGUAAGAAUCUGUGGUCUGGCAAUGUUGAGUUGCCUUCAAAGCAUAUUAUUUCCUUGAGGAGGUUGUGAAAGCUUACAUUUUUGGAAAAGUCUGGCAAACUUUGCCAUCAUUAUAUGACAGCCUUUGGCUGGAUGCUCUUGCUUCAAUAUAGCUCUGUUAAAAUAUCCAUAUGGUUAUAAUACAAUAAGAUUUGAUUCACCAGCGUUUUUGGAGGCUGAUUGAUAGCAGUCAAAUGAAAUACCUGUUUAAGGGACCUCUCUCACCUGUGGUUUUGUGUAACUUUUAGUCUGGAGAAGAGAAGGAUCAGGGGGGACCUUACCACUUUCUACAACUACCUGAAAGGACGAUAGAGAGAGGAGGUGGCUGGUCUCUUUUCCCAAGUAAUAAAUGAUAGAAUAAGAGGCAACAGCCAGGAAAAGAUUUAGGCUGGAUAUUAGGAACAAUUUCUUCACCAAAAGGGUAAUCAGGCAUUGGAACAGGCUUCCUAGGGAAAUGAUGGAAUCACCAUCCCUGCAAGUGUUCAAAAAGUGUGUUAAUGAGGCACUUACUUAGUGACAUGGGGUAGUGGUGGACUUGGCAGUGCUGCAGUAAAGGUUGGACUUGAUGAUCUUAAAGGUCUUUUCUAACCUGGUUGAUUCUAUGACUCUAUGACUUUUAAGUUUUGAAAGGGAGAUAUUCCCUCUCACAACACUAUUAACAAGGAAGCACAGACUGCUGCUCCUGACAGUCUCAAAGUCACGACCAAAACUUACGUUUGCAUGUGUUUUGACACCUUUCAGCACGAAAAGCCCUUUGUAAAAGCAGAGCUAUGAUUAUCCAGAUGAGGAGUCAGCUGUGGAUGUGUGCCGACUACAAAUGCCAUUUCAUUCCCAUGCAUUUUAUUGUGGAUCCAUGCAGUUAAAUUGUUGGUCUCAGCAGCACUUCUCCUGGAUGCUUCAGUCCAGACAGGAGCAUGGGCACUAACUUGAAUUUAAUUCUUAUUCUCCAAUAAACACUUCCAUGGGUGGAACACAGCCGAUUUCUUAUGCGUUUCUCCCAGGUGCUCCUGCUGGAAUGCUCAGCCAUCUUCUGGGGCCCCUUCCCCUUGAGGGGAUCUCACUCUCUCCCUUACCUGCCACCAAGCAGACAGGGUAGGAAACAUGCACCUCUGGGGCUGCCACAUCUCUGCCACAUUUCUUUGAAACUGCUCAGUGAAAUCAUGUUUGUUUGAAAGGAACUGCUUGGUAGCAACACAUGCAGUGUGAUUGUGCAACACCAGGUAGCCUGGUUCCUGGAGCUGCUACAUCAAUUUCCAGCCUCACACCUACUGAAAAAAGGCAAUAUGCCAAAUACAGAAAACCCUACAUCUACAUUAAAAUAACCCUUUAGCAUUCACACCAUUAAAAUUAGGCAACUAUACCAAAAGAAUAUUUUUAUUGUCUUUGCUGAAGAGCCAUUUCCUAUAUGUCUCCUCAUUUUGUCUUUGUGAUAAGAAGAAAUCUGAAGAUUCGCUUCUAAGACUCUCUACUUCCGGCAUACAUUUCUAUAAACAUGCCAGGAUGGUGGUAACCUAA